CUUGGCACCCAAGUCCAGCGGGGCGGAAAGGUUCCCCCAGCGAAUCCAGCCACACCCUCCCCCUCCGGCCCGGCCGAGCGCUGCCUCGCAGAAGGAGAUUUGCAAGGAAAAGCAAUGCCGAGAGUUUGUGGAGUCUGCUGCGGGAAGAUCUAAAAUGAAAACCAAACCGCGCCGCCUUCUCCCCCUUUUCGCGCCCAGCGAUCCCACAUGUGUGGGGGGGUGGGGGGGACCCUGCCUGUAGGAUGGUGGUGGCAACGUUGGUUAGUUCCCGAGAACGCCGCUGCUGGCUGUCCCGGGCGGCCAGAGCCAUUGCCCUUUUAAGGGGUAGCUUGAAACCGCGCCUGGGCUCCAUGUUUGUAUCAGAACCCGUGAAGAGGGAACUCCAUGUUGUAACAAAGUUUCCUUCGCCACUGUCUUUUUUCUCCCCCUCCCCCUUUUUGUUUUGUUUUGUUUUUCCCUUUCCCCAUCUCCCCCCGCCCCUCCCCCACCCUCUCAUUUCCCCUCUUCCGUUUUCUUUCCUUUUAUUUAUUAUUUUCUUUCUUUCUUUUUUUUUCCGUUUCCUUCCAUUCCGUUGUUGUUGUUGUUUUUAAACAACAAGAAAAAUCUGUGAAGUCCCGGAAAAUUCCCUGAAGCGGCGGAGAGACAAUUGGAGGAGGGAGGAGAGCGCUCUGCACUUCUGGUCUAAUGGACAGCGGGCCCAUUAUCACCCAGGUUAGCAAGGAAGAGGUGACUAGUCCUCUGCAGGAGAAAGGUGUUCAGAACCAAUCAUCUUCCAAGAAACCCAGGAAUCGCAGCAUCUUCCAAUCCCUCUUUUGCUGCCUGUGCCAUGACAACUCAGAGCCUAUCCCCGUCAACAACAAUGCCCCAGUGCUGGUGGAAGAAAACGGUUCAGUGACCAAGGCUACAGUCAAAUACCUGUUGCCAGAAAUCAAACCCCGGGAUGCCAGUAAAAUCUGUGUGGUCAUUGACUUGGAUGAGACAUUAGUACAUAGUUCCUUUAAGCCAGUGAACAAUGCAGAUUUCAUCAUCCCAGUGGAGAUUGACGGGGUCAUGCACCAGGUGUAUGUGCUGAAGCGACCCCAUGUGGAUGAGUUUCUGCGGCGGAUGGGUGAGCUCUUUGAGUGUGUACUCUUCACUGCUAGCCUGGCAAAGUAUGCAGAUCCUGUGGCUGAUCUGCUGGACAAGUGGGGAGCCUUUCGUGCUCGCCUCUUCCGUGAGUCCUGUGUCUUCCACCGGGGGAAUUACGUCAAGGACCUCAGCCGCUUGGGACGCGACCUGACACGGAUCAUCAUUGUAGACAACUCACCUGCGUCUUACGUCUUCCACCCUGAUAAUGCUGUGCCUGUGGCUUCGUGGUUUGACAACAUGGCUGACACGGAACUUCUUGACCUGCUGCCUUUCUUUGAGAGACUCAGCAAAGUGGAUGAUGUAUAUACAGUGCUAAAGCAGCAUCGGACUACUAGCUAGUGACCAUGGUGGGGUGGGGGGGAGGCAGGGCUUUGGGCAGGGGAAGAAAAAGCGGUAGGUAUGCCCAUUUUGGCUACUUCCUUCUGCUGAGCAGGAUGACCUGUUCCCUCAGCCUCAACAAGCAAUGCAGUGCCCAGGAAACCCUGCAGGAGGCAGCAGAGAGCAAUUAUUCCCAUGAGGCACCAGGAGAAACUCCAGCAUCUGAAUGUGAUCUUGAACCCCAGAAAGGAAACCUCCUUGCUGCUAUGGCUAACAGUUUGUCCCCCUUGAACUAUGGGCUGCAGAAACCAGGACCUCAGCCCAUUUCUCUCCACACACAAACAUCAAAUGUGACCAAAGCUAUGGUCCUUUCCCUCUAAUCAGAACAGUUCUCCAUUCGUUUGUCACCAACUUGGGGGAAGAUACACAAACCUCAUUCCCAGGUAUUCACUGCACUUCAUUGUUAUAUCUUUGCAUAUACCUUCAUUGUCCCAAUUUCAGGAAAAGGGCAUUUUGAUGCCCAUACUAUAUUUCUGAGCAUGAUCACUGAUCAGCUAGGAAGAGCCCAGAGUGAAAGUAUUCAAGAAAAGAUGGAGAAGAAAAGCUAAAAAGAACAAGCUUCAUCAAAAGACUUAGAUUUUUGGCUUGAAAUCUAAGAGCUGGAUCUUUCACAAACUACAGAGGGGCUGUGGACUGUGUAUAACCAUUACACGUAAGCUAUCUCUUGGGACUAAUAGUGAGGUCAGUUUUGUCUCUUGCUCCUCAUAGAAAUAUCCCACCUUGUGGGAAAAUUCUUACAUUUCUAAACAUAGUGAGGGAAGAAGAGACGGACUGGAAGAACCCCCGUUUUACUGAUUUUUUCUCUAAAUCGGACAACAGAAGGGCAGGAGAUGUUUCAUAAGGAGGGAAGAAAUGCAGGUUUGCUUUUUCCUGCUGAGACACAGGAUGAACCAGCUAUAUCACCUUUACUAGUAAUGGAAUAGGAGGAGGAGGAGUUGAAGCAGCACCAGCCCACAAGUCCCUCUUUUUGAUCUCUGGAAGUAGGUCUCUGAAGCCAGUUCUGUGACUGGUUGUAUCAGGGUAAGAUGGUUCAUGAUAUAGACGUUUGCUUAGGAGGGAAGACCAAGAUGACAUUGGAAUGCAGAGAAGGGACUCCCUGAGAUGUUUCAUGGCUAAGUGAAAUAUGGUUGACAAGAAAGAAAAUACUAUGGGAUGAACAGAAUGAUAGAAGGGUAUCAUCUCUAAAAUAACCAAGUUCUAGAAUUAAGAGAUUCUUAUAUUAAAGAACAGAAGCUGGGAAGCCAUGGUCCCAUAUGUUGCUCAACAACAUUCCUGGUUUCCCCAGCUAGUAUGAGGGAGGCAUAAGCUGUACGUCAGCAGUAUCUGGAAAGCCACAGGUUCCUCCCCCUCCACCCCUCAGCUUAGAGAAGUGGUUAGUGAUACUGUCCUAGAGUAUCUACGUGGAAUGCUUUGGAAUCGUCCUCUAUGCACCUUUUCCAUAUUCUGUGUCAGCCCUGACUUCUCCUCCAGUCUCUGAGCCCCUUUUUCACACUAUCCUCUCAGUGACAGGAACUCAACAUCAUGUGGAAUUAGGGAGGGAGAGAAGAUGUGGGAAGUGUAUUCCUUGAUCACUGUGUUUUUUGUCUUAUGCUAUAGUCAGUGCCUUCAAAUCCCACUGUCUCCCUAGAAUUCUGUAACCUUUCUGGAUUUGUGGAGUGUGUGGGAAAAUUGUGCCUUUUAGAAUCAACAGACCUGCUGGUAUAGAAGGAGGAGGAGAAAGCAGAGUUUGUGUGCCACAAGGGGGUGUCUCCAUUUCUGCUGCUUUGUCCGCAGUGCUGUGCGUUCCCAAAGGUGGUGUUUCAGCAAAACUAAGCUGGCCCAUCCCUGUGGUUCACUAUGUUUCUUCCUACUUUUUCCAGGACCUUUGAAGCCUGUUUAAUAGGAGAGAAUUUUGAUACCAAACAAGCAUUGUCUUGGUGUUCUGCCUAGUCACCACUUCUAGUUAUGGAUUUGCCUUGGUUUCUCUCCAGUGCCAAAAAAUUUGCCUUAAUUUUUUUUUUUUUGAUAUAAGAAUUCCUUGUGCCUUUGCCUAUUGCUCUUGGAUUUAAAAAAAAAAAAAGAUACCAUAGACCUCAAGCACUCUAGCUCAGGCUUAGAGUAGGGCAGGUCUUGGUUCUUCUUGGUAGCUCAUUUUUUAACUUCACUGCCAAGGAACUACUGAGCUGCCUUCUUCACCAUGAAACAACAUUACAAUUAGAAUCGUACCAGUUUACUGUUACAAUGGACCAGAAAUGGUUGAAGUAUCUGAUCACUGCUGGCCUCUACCUGACCAGGCAGUUCUGGUUAACAUACUGCUCCCUCUUAGAGAGACAGGAUGUUCAGAAAUCUUUUGAAUAGGGCAUUGCAACCACAGCUGUCAGAUCAGGCGUGUUUGAAGUUGAUUAUUAAAUCCAGCAGGUCAUCUUUCAACAGUGCAAACUACAGAUUCCUUGAACAGUGGACACAAAUGUUCCUUUUUAUUUUCUAUUUAAUUUUUUCCAAAGGAACCAUUAAAAAACCAGCCUUGUCCUAACAAUCUGAAGUUAAAGGCAGAGUGGAAGAAAGGAAAAAUAAUUGAGGGACAAAGAAGAGAAGCUUUGUUUUUCCUUAAGUCUACUGUCUUCUUUUUUCCCUUCUUCUUUUUGCAGAUAUGGCAUCUAUUGCUGGUACUGUAUGGAAAGACCCAUAUGUCUAUUGUCUCUCCUUAGGGGUGUUUGAGAAAUUGAACCUGGCAAUUUUCUCAGUGACUUGCCAGAUUUGCACUUCCUGGAUGAACAUGUGCAUUGAAGCACUGAAAAUAUACAUUGAAUAGCUUUCUCCAGAUUUUAUAGUUCUUCAAAUGUUGUAUCAAAAUUCAGUGAAACUGUUAUCAAGACACAUUUUAAAAUGUACAGUAUUUCUAAAAGGGUUUUUAGAAUUUAAGUAAGGGAAAAGUAAAAUGUAGUACAAAAU